AGUUUCUGCAAGCAGAAAGAAACAAUAAAUUAAGUGUAAGUAAAAAAAGAAAGCAAACGCUACAGAAAUGGCAAAGGCACUCAAUUCCAUCUGCUUCACCACUCUUUUGCUCGUUGUCUUGCUAAUUUCCUCCGAAAUUCCGAAGAGCGAGGCGACAUGUAAGAAGUUUUUAGGUGAAGCCCCAGUGUACCCAUGUAAGGAAAAAGCUUGUAAAGACGUAUGCAAGGAACAUUAUUACGACUCGUGUAAAGGAGAGUGUGAGAGGCAUGGUCACGAAGAGCACUGCCAUUGCUACGGAAAAUACUGAAAUUUACAAAUAAAGCCGCAUCGAAUAACAAAAGAAUAAGAAUAUAAGAUCUUAAUUAUAUCUCUAUAACGUAAGUGUGGUAUGUUCGAUCUAAUUAAUGAAGGGUAUAUGUAUGUGUAAGUUGUUUACUUUAAAAUAAAAUAAUGGGACAAAGCAUGCUAUUGUGUUGUAUGCGCUGUUUCGUUUAAGAUCAUGUUGUAUGCUGUUUUUCGUUUUAAUAAUAAACUUGCUUUUGUGUUUUGUCUACGUAAAUAUAA